AUGCCAUAUAGAAUUAUCUGGUUUUUGCUCUUGAUUAAUUGUUUCCCGCUCGCGUGGUCGUCAUCACUUCUCACAAUCUCAAGCAACGGCACGAUUGUGUCCCCACAGAAUACUUUCGAGCUCGGUUUCUUCAAACUAGCCCAAGGCCGUAGCGAUCGUUGGUACCUCGGGAUUUGGUACAGCUCCAUCUCUCCUCGGGAGUACGUAUGGGUGGCUAACCGAGAGCUACCCAUGUACAAAUCGGGAGCCCUAAAUCUCUCCAACUCCAACCUCCUCCUCAUUAAUCAGUUUGGAACCGUUGUAUGGUCUUCCAAUAUAGUAGUCCCUUCUCCUCCGUCGUCUCCGGUGGUGGCAGAGCUUCUUGAUAACGGAAAUUUUGUGCUCCGACAACCGGGACUCAGCUUCGAAUUCCCGACCGACACACUUGUUCCGGGAAUGGAUUUGACAAAAGGCGCCAAUAGAAGCCUUUCUUCCUGGAAAAGCAAAGACGAUCCUUCUGUCGGACAAUUUUCUUAUAAGAUGAUGCCUGGAAACGAUCCGAACCUGCCGGAGAUGUUUCUGUGGAUGGGAACAGAACCCGUCUACAGAGACGGUCUUUUCUUUAUGGGGGAUACCAGUUGGGGGAAAAUACAUGUAUUUGGAGAAAAAGAGAAGGGAUACUUGCAUCUCAAGGUGACAUAUUCAGGAGCAGUACAGCUAUCUUCGUGGUCUCCAACGACAGAACACCUGGACUUGUUAUGGUAUAGACCCUAUGGUAGAUGCGAUGUAUACGGUGAACAUUGUGGCUCUAACAGCGUAUGCGACGUCGAUGAGAUGCACACGGUUUGGAAGUGUACGUGUUUCGAAGGAUUUGAGCCAAGGUACCCGAUUGAACGGAGGCAAAACCGCAAAAGCGAUGGAUGCAAGAGGAUAACUCGGCUGAGCUGUGAUGGCAAUACGUUUCAGACACUGAAGAAUGUAAAAUUGCCGGAUACAAAGAAUGCGAUCCUGGAGAAAAGCAUUGGCUUCAAAGGAUGUGGAAAGAGGUGCCUGAAAGAUUGCAACUGUACUGGGUUUGCUAGUUUGGAUAUGGGGACUAGUGGGUCGGAUCAGGAUUGCUUAAUCUAUUCAUCUGACGAGCUCGUUGAUAUACGGAAUUUAGUCUUGGGUGGUCAAGAUUUGCACGUCAAAGUAGCAGAUUCGCAUUUUGAGACGGGUACAAGUGGCGAAAGCAAAGGUCUCAUCAUUGCUGCUACGACCAUCGUCACUCUAGUUAUUCUGAGUUUUGCCAUGUUCUGGUGGCGUUGGAAAAGGAUUCAGAAGCGAACAAGGGAAACUGUUUUGUCUGGACGUUGUCAAGCGAGGAACACAGAUUUGCCAAUGGACGGAGACAGAACAGAUGUGGGACAUGUAGUUUCACAAAUGGAGUACCAAACAAUCCGUGAAGCUACCGACGACUUCUCUGAUUCUAACAAACUUGGCAAAGGGGGUUUUGGUACCGUUUAUAAGGGGAUAUUAAACGAUGGAAAAGAAAUAGCCGUCAAGAGACUGGAAAAGUUGUCAAACGAGGGAAGAUCGCAGUUCUUCAACGAGAUUGAGUUGAUCUCGAAUGUUCAACACAGAAACCUGGUGUGGAGAAACUGGGAGCAAGAACGCUUGCCUGAGUUAAUUGAUCCAUUCCUUCUAGAUUCGUCAUUAUCACAGUCAACUGUGUUUCAAAUCGUUAGAUCUUUUCAGAUCGGUCUCUUGUGUGUUCAAGAACGUGCAGAGGACAGACCUCAGAUGUCAUCCGUUGUGGUGAUGUUAGAGACCGCAGCUACGCUUCCUCGGCCUAAACCUCCCGGUUAUUGUUAUCAUUACGCUACAGCCACAUCCACUGCCUUCGAAAUUGGUUCCACGUCCGUAGAACCGCUAGGACCAGACAUCGUGUCGGUCCUAGUACCUAGAUAG